GGCAAAAGCACAUAAACAUGAUAUAUUAUAUAUGUAGUAUACAUAUAUAUAAAUAGAAUGUAUGGAUAUAUCGCCGCCGCGCGUGCGCGGCGGUGGUGGGUGCGCAAUACGCGUGUAUGCGGCUGGACUCUGGGAGUGGGGGGCUGGGGUGGCGAUGGCGGGCUGUAGAACCUGCCCCUAUCCACUCGGAGAGAGGGGGAGGGGAGAAAGGAGGGGGUGGGCAUGCAAAUCGGUGGGGGUGGCGGCGCUAGCGCGGGCAGUCGGCGUUGCCCUUCCCGCGACGGCAGGUCAUCUCUCGCCGCCCCCCUCCCCUCGGUGCGCAGUCAUACGCUUGCGCGACACGACGGCGCCAGAGGGGGAGCGCGGGAGCCCGGGUUGGGGACACGCAGCACUCCGCCUCCCUCCCCUUGUUUCCCCUCCGUCCUCCCCCUCCCCCACUCACCCCUCCCCAGCCUCGCUCUGCGAGAGCAUGGGAUGUGGGGUGAGGGAGGACGAGGGGGAGGACGAAGGGGAGGCAAGGGGAGGGGAGCGCGCGCGAUUAUGCGAUCCCGCGCGCACGCUGUUUCGCUAGAGGGCGAUGGCGGCGAGAAGCGCGGGAUGUCGCUCGGCGCGCGCUAUGCAACGCUACAGCGCACUGAGCGCACUGCCGUUAGGCAGUACGCCAUGUGACGUCGUGAGGGGGGUAGGGAGGGAGGAGAGGGGGUAGGUCGUUGCUGCCGUCGUCGUGUGACAGGGGGUAGGCGGCGCUGCUGGCGGCGGUGGCGAGGCGUAGGAUGGGGGCGGCGCUGUCCAGCGUCGGCGGGCAUAGUGGGUGGCGGCGCGGUCCAGCCCCGCUCGCAGUCGCGAACGGCGCCGAAAAUUUUCAUUAGCAGGGUUACUCAGCUUUUAGAUACGAGAACGCACCUUAGGGGGGUUCAUAAGAGCCCCCCUGCCCUUCCUUCUCUUCUCCGCGCGUUGUCGGGCAGCCAGGAGGCCGCGGGCGAGGGUGGUCGGAGGCGGCGAUGGUUGUGGGAGGA